CUCUUCAUGAUGUUAUCACAAAUCUUGCCCUACAAAUAGAUGAAGAUGCAGUUUCAAAGUUCAAUAUUGAUAGAAUAAAUAUAUGGGAUGGUGCCCUUCGUGGAUUUAAGCGCAAAACAUACAAGCCAGAAAAUAGAAUGUCUGUAAUGUUUACUGACUCAGAUGGCAACUCGGAAGGAGCUGUGGACAGAGGUGGUCCUACAAGGGAAUUUCUAACUUUAUUAAUGCAAACACUACAGAACAGUAAAAUAUGUGAAGGUUCAGAAGACUGGAAAAAUGUGACCUGCGAUUCCCAAGCAUUACGUGAUGAUGAUUACUUUCUGGCUGGAAGAAUUAUAGCCGUAUCUUUGGUGCAUGGCGGACCAUCCCCCAACUUUUUUUCUCAGACAUUAUAUGACAGUCUAGCCUAUGACCCUCAGCAGGUCACACCUUCUGUGAAAGACAUCUGUGAUCGUGAUAUUGCAGAGAUAAUUUUGGAGAUGGAGAAUGUGUCAACACUAGAGGGGCUUAAAGAUGUUGCAGCCAAGCACUGCAACCUUCUGCAUGUGGCAGGAUGUUACCGCUAUUUACAAAAUGUGCAAGACAGAGAUGUACUUGUACAAGACUUCAUGAAGUGGUAUGUUUGUGGCCGAACAAGAAAUUCCCUGGAAAGCAAUAUUCACAUUGAACUGUGA